CUCACCACACUCCAUCCACCUCUCUCAAAAAAGUCACAGACAGUGCCAGUGCCUGCCUUUUGCAUUACGGCGGACAGGCAAGGGUCUGCUUUGAGAAGAGCGGGAGGACAGAUUAAUUAACCCUUUAAAUAGAGAACUCGGCUACAACAUGCAGGAGGAUGGUAAGGUGGUGGAUGGCAGUCUGUUGGGUGAUGCCAACGGGGUGGAGCCAAGUCCAGGAAGAGUGAAGGAGUCUGGGAAAUGGCAGAAGCCACGGUUCACACGCAAAGCCCUGAUGAGCUGUCUGGUCAAAUGGAUCAUCACCAGCAGGACAACACCAGACAAAGACAGUAGUGAGAUUGAUUUGGAGCUGUCUACGGUUCGUCACCAGCCAGAAGGCUUGGACCAGCUGCAGGUUCAGACCAAGUUCACCAAGAAGGAGCUCCAGUCUCUAUACAGGGGCUUCAAGAACGAGUGUCCCAGUGGUUUGGUUGAUGAAGAGACGUUCAAGACCAUCUAUUCUCAGUUCUUUCCCCAAGGAGACGCCACCACCUAUGCACAUUUCCUGUUCAAUGCGUUUGAUAUGGACAGAAACGGCUCUAUUCGUUUUGAGGACUUUGUGAUCGGCCUGUCUGUUCUUCUGAGAGGGACAGUCACAGAGAAACUCAACUGGGCCUUCAACCUGUACGACAUCAACAAGGACGGAUACAUCACUAAAGAGGAGAUGCUGGCUAUUAUGAAGUCCAUCUAUGAUAUGAUGGGCAGGUACACCUACCCCAGUGUACGGGACGAGGCACCCUCUGAACAUGUGGAUAAGUUCUUCCAGAAAAUGGACAGAAACCGAGAUGGAGUGGUGACCAUUGACGAGUUCAUUGAGACCUGUCAGAAGGAUGAGAACAUAAUGAACUCCAUGCAGCUUUUUGAGAACGUGCUCUAGACCCCAGCAGAACGUUCCACGCCAUUCCCCCAACAUCCGAUCCUGUACUUCUGUCUAUAUACAAUUUCUGUUCAAUCCCAAGACACACACACACACACACACACACACACACACACACACACACACACACACACACACACACACACACUACAUCUGGUGCAGUAUGUAUAGGAUUAGGUAAUCCACAGAUAUGUACAUGUGUAUAAACUACUUUACUGCUGCACUAGUCUCAACCUGCCACUGCUUCAGGACUAAAGAGAACACUAGAGAAAGAGAAGAGCGCCACUUGGAACUCUGCUACUUUCAGCAUCCCAAAGAAAAAUGUAAGAAGGACCAAACUGCUCAACACUGCUGAUCCUAUGAGCUUCUAGUACUCUGCCGCCUCAUUGGACCCAAAAGACAAAUUACAAUCAAAUGAUGGAGAGAGAUGUGUGAGAGUGGAAAUGGAGGAGAAAAACUCAUCACGAUGUUGCUGGCCUCCAGAUAAGGAUGCUGUAGCUAUAACACACAGUGUCUUGGCACUUACACAUUCUGUACACACACACACACUAUCUGUCUGCACUUACACAUGUGGUACACACACACACACAAUCUCCCACACUCACAAAUGCUGUACAAACACACGCACCCACACACACCCUUCCCACCCAGCAGAGGCUUGCCAGGAAAGGAUAUCUGUGGACACACUGACACACUUCUCUGAAGAGUGUUUGAGAGAGUUGAUGUAGCGUACAGAAAGCUGGACUGAUCCCGAGCAGGGGCACCGGCACCAAACACCACAGAGACACUAAAAAGAAAAGAACUGAAGCAUGUUUGUCAGAUGUGAUGUGUGAUUUGCUUGCACUAAGAAUUGUUCAUAUUGUACAAUAUGCACCAGAAGAGAAUGUGUUGAUUGUAAAUGUAGAUAGUCACUGUAGAUCACUAAAGAAAAACCCAGUGUGUAUGUAGAUAUGUAUAGACAGUAAUAUAUAAUAAUAGCGUCCUAAAGCCAGGUGUCAAGCUCUCACCUGUACUCCACUAUGGGUAACAGGUGUUAAAGUUAAGGCCAGACAAAAUCUGUGUGGAUGUUUUCUUAACACUUACAGAACACUAAUUGAUAUAAUUGUAGCCUAACAUGUUUAAUAUAAGUAUUAUUGGGUCAUUUGAUCCUACAGGUAUCUUGUUUAAUUCCAAGUCCGUUCUGGAGUGUAGAGGUACUCCUACGGUCGGUGGGUUCUACCCCUACUGGUUGCGUCUGGUCAUAGUUCUAAGUGACACAGGGAGGGUCGCUGGUUCUGCUCUGUCACCAACGGACCCCCGAGUCAGAAUAAGCUUUAGAUGUACAGUAUGUCAGUGCCACCUUAUAAUAUGUGUAAUAAUAAUAAGACAGAUAUACUAAGAUCUAUAUGUGUUGUGAACUAAAGCCAUCCUCAGAGGAAUACAGAGUAUACAGCUAGGGCUUGAUCCCUCUUCUUAAUCCCUCAUCAGAGUUUUUGCUUUGUUAAUGACCCAAACGGCACCCUAAUCCCUUUCAAAAGUAGUGCACUAUAAAGGGAAUAGGGUGCCAUGGCCCUGGUCAAAUGUAGUGCACUAUAAAGGGAGCCAUUUGGGACAUCUAUGAUGUCAUCAUCUGAGGUAUGAGCACUGGCCACUAGUGAUGACAUCACUAUACUUACCUAUCCUAAACCCUGAUAAGGUAUGUGUUUGUUAUUGUUGUUGUACUACAUAUAUAUACAGUAGUGAAUAUGGGAACAGUGUUCCUGUGGCAUAAAGUAUCAUUACAUUUUCUCAUUGAAACCAGGGACAAUUCUGAGACAGCAAAACUAUACCAUAACUAUACCAUAAUCCUGAUAUGGUAAUACCACCAUUUAUAUCUGUAACAUGUUGACAGCUCAGACUGCAGAAAACACAGCCCCAUACCCAGCCCCAAUUCACACACCCAUACCCCAUCCAUCAUACCCCCAUACUUAAGCCCUAAAUAUAGCCCCUAUGCCAAGGCCCUAUACUGUACCCAGUGGACCUGUUCUAGGAAAUCACAUGUUGUCUCAGAAGUAGAGUGUUUUAACAGAGGUUUUCUCCAUCUCUCCCAUAACAACAUAGCUCAUGUGACCUAGCCUAGAACAGAUUAGUUAUGUUUGUGUGUGUGUGGCAUGAAUGAAUGAAACAGACUAGAGACCAGACAAUGGAACUAAAGCAUACACAGACAGCAUGGCCUGGCCUAGAGCGCUCUCUCUCUUUCUCACUCACACACACACAUAAAGUCAUGCAGUAUAGAGAAAUUGAACUAUUAGGAAACUGUGGUUAUUGCCCCAGUCCACAUUUCAACAGUAGGAGGAUUGCACAAUAUUACAGUGCUUCUGAUGUCCACAAUACAAUCUGGAGACAUUGUUUUUUAGCAGGCCUACAUUAAAGCAGUAUUGUGUUUCUCCCCCCUCUUGGUCUUGUUUUGGGUGUUUCACUUUUGGUUGACCUAUUUGGCCAACCUGGACCCAUGUUAAGACGUAACAUAGUAAACUUAAAUCCGGGACACUCCAAUUACUAUGAUAUGUUACAUGUCGUAUGGUAUGUAUUAAUUUGUGGAAUUCCAUCAUCUAUUUCAUGAUAUGAUAUGUUACAAAUUGCAAAUUGCAAUCUGAAAUGUAUAGGCUACAAAUUGCAAGACAGAUCACUCUGGAGUCAAUGUUAACAUAAUGUGCAAUUUAUCCUAUUAAACACCAAAAAUGUG